UUGUCACCAAUCAUCAACAAAGAUAUGAAUUUCCCAGUAAAUUAUUUUUGAAGAGGUAUUUUGUUCGGGAGUUUGUGGACAUUUUUACAAGCUUGACCUGUGAAGAUUUAAAUCUUUUGUAAAUGACCACCCAAUAAUUAGGAUUUGUAAGCCAACUCUUGCUUAUUAAAAUUUGACUUAGUUGUGAAACGAUUUAGCAUGAUAUGUUUCGAUUAUAAGGAUAUGAACUAAAUCAUUUUGACAGCUGGGGAUUAAUGGGAAAAAUAUUUCAUAACUUUUUAAUCUUUUUUGUGAUUUGUUCACUGAAGGAUUAAAAAAAAAUCAGGACACUUUAAUCGUAAAACGUAAUUGUUAGUUGUAAAUAUUGUGACUGUGGGUAUAAAAGAUUCAUAAAUAUUUACCGUCAUUAUGCCUCGGAAAAAGAAACAAAAAGCCAAAAAUAUAAACAGACAACUCUCAGCACCAGAGAUUAAAAAUGAGAAGUCUGGAAAAAAGAAGAAACUGCAUACUGUUCAUUCUGCAGGGGAUGUUUAUAAAUAUGAUUAUGAUGCAGAUUACGAAUCUCCGAAGAAAUCAAAUAGCAGACCAACUUCACCUGUACCGUUCUUCAUGCCGAUUCUUGCUGACUAUGGAUUUUCUUGGCCGAGACGUAAAAGUCCAUUUAAGUCUACAAGUAGCGAGAAAAAUGUUGUCAGUCCAGUUUCAUCUCCAGACAGCGGAUUUCCUACCUCUCCUUGCCAGGUCGUUCCCAUAGAGGAAAUAAUUAACGGGAAUAAUACUGACUCUUCCAAUGGGAUUUUGUCGUCUGAUGCAUGUGACAGCGACCAUGAGAAGGAAAGUGACAAGGAAAACUUUGAUCAUGUGAUAGCAUCGUUGGAUGACAUCAUUGAAAACGAAGAAUCUGAUGAAGAUGUUAACGGCAACUCUGUUACCAAUGGCAAUGUUGCCAAUGGCGACAUAAAUGAGGAGAUUAAAUCAAUUAUUUUCUCUGAUGAAGAAGAGUCUGAAACUUUUUCAGUUAGAAAAUUCAAGGUCAAAGAAAUGAUAUUAGGUUUUGAGAAAAAGAAAAGUACCGAUCAGGCUAUUUGUAACAAUAAUGGCAAACAGUGUAUACAUUUGAGCACAGAAGAGAUUGACGUUUUAGACAAUUUUUCAAAUUUAGAAAAUUUACAGGAAAAUUUCAAAAGUUAUAGUACAACUUCGUUAUUCGAUGAUACAAACAAAAACAGUUUAGAAGUUUCAACCAAAAGUAACAGUAUUAAUUCACUAAGUCCUAUUAUCAAAGAUGGUAAAGGUUCAAACUCUGGGAAAAAGGUUCGAUUCAUGAUUGAUUCAGUACCAAUCAGGAAAUCUAUAAGUUGUGAUGUUUUAGAGACUCCAGGAGUAGGAGAGGUUUGUGAAUGGGAGGUAACUGUGAAAGAGAUUGAUAUUCCAGUGCAUGAUGGUCAAGAGAAGAUAGAAUGUCCUGUUAGAAAUAGCUAUCAAAUAAUGGUGUGUCAUCACCCUGAUUGUACAGAGUCUAACGGUAAUGCCCCCUUACUGUUAUGUGGAGACUGUGAUAAAUCGAUACAUUCUAGAUCAGAACUUGGUAACAGCAGCCAUCUUGUUUUAGAUGCACCAAAACGCAAAAAUAAUACAGCAUUAACAAAUGGAGCACUGCCUCGAGGAAAAUCUACGCCAAACUUAAACACUGAAAACAGUGACAAUGAGAACAGAGAAGCAGACACCUGUAACCAAGGUGAUCAGACAGAUGGCAUGUAUAACAAAAGAGCAGAAGCCUACAAAUUUCAAACUCCUGCACCUACGUCCAGUUUAGAGGCUAAAUUAAAACGCAAAAAAGUUCUCAAGAAUAAAAGACGUCAUACUGAUGGCGAACGACCAAUCAAAAAUGAUCAUGAAGCAUUUUCUGAUUACUCUGAUGACGAGAGUGAUCAGAGCCCCGAUUUAGCUGACGACGUUAGCAGAUAUACAAAAGGAAAUGGGAAGAAAGUCCUCCGACCUAAAUCUGAGGAUUUAGACGCCGGUUCUGUUAGUCAAAGAGCUUUACGUAGACAAUCAAAGACUGUUAUAAGUGAUGAAUGUUUUACGCUGAGGUUUUUGGAUCGUGAUAAUGAUGUGGAAAUAAUGGCUGCCGUGAAAGGAAUUAGUCUGAGAUCUGCCAUACAGACGAGCUUAGAGAGAAGGGGUUUGAAUGUAAACAACGUCAACAUUUACGUGGAAGCCUCUAAAACUCCAUUACCACUAGAAUGUGAAUCAUUCCUCCUUGGUGGGAACACACUCAAUAUAAAAGAAAAGGAGUCAGAUGGAGUUUUUGGGAAGAGUUCGUCAUCCAAACAGUCUGGUGGCAGUAAAACUGGAUCUAUAUCAAAAGGAUCAAAAUCAUCGAUGGCCAGACGGGAGUCCUUUUUUGGACGAUCUGGUAGUGGUAUGCUUGAGCCUCCCGUUCCUUCGAAGCAGCGACGUAACUCUUUGUCCUUCCCCUUUUUCACUAAUUCUCCUAAAGUAGCAAAUGAAGAUAUAAAGGCACAGGACGAUGGAAGCUCUGUUGGAAGUUUACGCAGCAGACGAGGUAUAAAUCUAUCUAUAGAUGAUACAUGUCCAAUUCCACAGACUUUGUCACAGUCCGUCAGUCCACAGGGAACUCUAAGUGGGACGUACAAUGAAGGGAAACGGAUCAAGGAAAGGAGCAAACUCACAAAUCUAUUCAGUCCAAGUACAUCAAAGGACCGUGAGAAACAGGAUCAGUUGAACGAGUUGCUAAACAACUAUAGCACCAAUGGAAUCCCUCACAUGCCAGAACUCCUUACCCUGGGACGUGAGACACAGUCCGAAAAAGAAGAUUUGUUUGAAAUGGAACCUCAUUGGAGCUCUAUUGUAGAGAAUGCAUCAGGUCUUACAAAACGACAGCAUGAUCAACAAGAGGCCAUAUGGGAACUUCUACAGACCGAAAUCAAUUAUAUUAAAACACUCAGGGUUAUAACAGAUCUAUUUUUAUGUGUGAUAUUAAAUUUACAAAGUGAAGGACUUCUCUCAGAGAUUAAAACUGAGCAGUUGAGCAAUGUUGGUGAAAUAGUUUGUGUUAACUGUGAUUUCUGGGAGUCAACAUUAGUCCCCGUGUUAGAGGAAGCUAGAGAGAGUCGCCUCCCCUUAAAUCCAUCUAUAAUGAGAGAUGGGUUUAAAAAGUUUCCAGAAACAUUUACACCUUAUAUAAAAUACUGUGUAGAACAGAAAUCAUCAACAGAUUUUAUAAAAGCUAGAUAUGCUGAAAAUGAUUUAUUUAAAACUUAUGUUGUGUGGGCGGAGUCACAACCUCAAUGUAAACGUCUCAAGUUAACAGAUUUACUAGUCAAGCCGAUGCAGAGGAUCACUAAAUACUCACUGUUAUUACAAGCCAUCCUCAGGAAAACAGAGGAGGAUAAACAAAGAAGAGCACUCCUGGAAAUGAUUGCCAGUGUGGAUAAGUUUGUCUCAAGUGUGAAUCUAACAUUAAAACAUCGACAUGACCAAGAGAGAUUGGCGUCCAUUAUAACAAAGAUUGAGUCUUAUGAUGCUGUCGAGGCACCAAAUGAUGAAUCACUUAAAUAUAUACAGGAAUACAAUACAAACUUUGACUUGAGAGCUCCAAUGCCAGGAUGUAGUGCUUCACAAACACGUUCACUAAUCAUGCAAUCAGUUUUAAAACUGAAGGAUAAUGCGUCAAGGAUGGACGUAGAAUGUUUACUGUUCACAGAUUUAUUAUUGAUAUGUAAACCAAGUAAACGUAUGGAGAAAUAUAAAAUUAUAAAACCUCCUAUGAGGGUCGAUAGGCUUAUAGUACAUGAGCUCAAAGAUAAAGGAAGUUUCCUGUUAAUUUACCUGAAUGAGUAUCACAUUCCUAUCUCAGCGUUUACAUUCCAUGCCGAUCAGCGGGCUAUAAAUAUCUGGAUAGAACAUAUACGUAAAGCCCAGGAUAUAUAUCGUAAUCUGUCGAGGGAAUGUAAGAAUUCAGAACCCUAUUUUGUACCAGUAACGGUGGAAGAAGAAGUAAUACAUGUGACUCCAUUACAUCAACCGGACGAUAAUCCUCCAGAUGUUGUUAUUUCUCGGACAAUUGCAAAUGGUGAUAAUUACAUUACAAAUGGUGAACCAAGUCCUUCUGAGCUUCUCUCACCACAUGCAUUGUCAAAGUCAAGCUCAGACCAGGACAUUAAGUCUCGACAUUUUACAGAUAGUGUAACAAAAGACGAUAGGAAAAAACACAGCAAAGUUCAAACUUCUUAUUCAGUGCCAGCUUUUGUGGAUAAUUCUCCCGAUGAUGAACGAUUAAAAAUACCGUCAUCAAAUGUUUCUUCCGCAAAUAGUGAUUCUUCAUUACCAGAUAUUGUAGAUGAUAAUCUCAAAGCCAAAAUAAACCAAAGACGAUCGUCAAGAUCGGAAAAACGUUAUCACACGGCAGAUGCUAUUCAGGAUUUAAAUAGAAUUGACGAUAAAGAUAACAGUAUUUACAAAAGACUUUCAUGGAAUUUCGGAACUACAGAUCAGAAUGAAGAAAGACAAGGUGUUCUGAAACACAAAAUACAAAGUUCGGAUUCUCUCAGGAGUAUACAUAGUUCUAGUGGUGUUAGUUCAACAAAUUCAUUACAUUUAAGUCCAGAAGGUGAUAUAUGUGAGGAAUCAGACUACAAUACAAGUGAUAUCGGUACUAUUUAUGAAUCUCGGCAUAGUGAAGAUGAUUAUCAUGAUAUAUCUGAACAUGAUCGUACAAAGUCUAAAUCCACGACAGAUAUUGCUAUUCUAUUUAAGGAAUUGACUACUAGUGAAAGAAAAGAUGGAAUAUCCUCGGUUGACCUGCCAACAAUGGAUAAAAAUAAAUACUCAAGUACACACUUGUUGAAAAUGAAACGUCAGUUGUUACUUAGUGCUGAUGUAGAAGCAAGGUAAGGUCAAGGUCAACAUAAAAACAUAGAAUUA